AAGUAACUGCACUGGAGUUUACAAGCCAGCUACUUCCGGUAUCACUGUGUUUGGGUGGGACAAGCGGAAGCGGCGUUUUUCAGUGCUUUGACAUUAACCAAUUUCUUCCCCAAAAAACAGCAAAUAUUUAAAAAAUGCCGGCUUAUCAUUCCAGUCUAAUGGACGACGACACCAAACUGGUGGGAAAUAUGGCAAUGUUGCCCCUCAAAACACAAUUUAAAGGCCCUGCUCCAAAAGAAACCAAAGACACAGACAUCAUCGACGAGGCCAUUUACUACUUUAAAGCCAAUGUGUUCUUCAAGAAUUAUGAAAUUAAGAACGAGGCAGACCGAACAUUGAUCUACGUCACUCUGUACAUCUCUGAAUGCCUCAAGAAGCUGCAGAAGUGCAGCUCUAAAGGCCAGGGAGAGAAGGAGAUGUACACGCUGGGAAUCACCAACUUCCCCAUCCCAGGGGAGCCGGGAUUCCCUCUCAACGCCAUGUAUGUUAAACCUACCAACAGACAGGAAGACGAAUCUAUGAGGGCUUACCUGCAGCAGAUUCGUCAGGAAACAGGCGUGAGACUGUGCGAGAAAGUGUUUGACCCACAGACAGACAAGCCAAGCAAGUGGUGGAUGUGCUUUGUAAAGAGACAAUUCAUGAACAAGAGUCUGUCUGCUCCUGGGCAAUAAGAACUGGAGCAACUGGAAGUCUCUGUCAUCCAUGUGGAGCGUGGGUGGGAAUAAUAUUCCAGUUUUGGAUGUUUUCCUUAUUGAUUAUUUUUUUUCUUCCAUUGGAUACCAGAUUUAAGAUUACUUUUAUACUUGCACAUUUGAUUUCCUGCCAUUAUACAUCCUAUAUGAUACGAUACAAGGUAAUCAAAUAAAAGCUGAAUAAUAAGUUUA